AUGGAGCCAGAACCACCGCCGGAGUUGGUUCAGCGCGCCCUCGCGGCGUGUCGCGUUGUGCUUCACGAGGUCUCCCGCCGCGUUGAAUCGACGGUCCCAAACGCCGCCGCGAAGGCAGAGCUGUUGGACGGAGUGAAGGCUGCCGAGUCAGCGGUGGCCAGGUCCGAGCGCCUCUUCGCCGUGCCGCCGCACCGCAAAGGCGGCUCUAGCACCAAAGGCGCUUCCGCUGGCGCGCCACCGCUCUCGAAUCUCGAGACCCAGGACCACGCCGCUGCCGGCGUGUCUUCCGUUUCUCCCGCACCCCAUCACACCAAGGGCGCUCGGCCCACACAGCUCACACAAAAGUCCCACGAUGCCGCUGACAGGAGAGAGAGCAUGCCUGGCGCCACAGUCGGCGCAUCCGGGGGUACUUCGGCCGCUGCGCCGCCGCUCCUCGCAAAGGAAGUGAUCGCGAAGGGACAGAAGACCACGGUCGCACUACCACCAACUAACGCCGUCGGCUCGACAGCGUUGCAAAGCAGCACCGACGCAGAGGCAGACGCCGCGAGCAGGGCGGGGCAGCACUUAUCGAACACGUCUCUCAGCGGCGGGGCGACAGCCAGUGCGAUGCGGCUUGUUGGUACCGCGGUGCACACCACCGACAGACUCCCAUUCUGCACCGAAUUGCAGAGUGCCGUCGUCUGGGGCUACGUGCUCAGCGCCAUCUUCUGGAAGCGGCGGAAGCUGACGGAGUACACCAUCACCGCCUUGGAGUUGCUGCUGCGCGUCAUGCCGGUGCCUUCGCACAUUGUCACUCUCAUUGUGGACCCAGCGGCGCUGAGUUACGAGGGAGCCACUGGAGGGGAUGGCGCGUUCAAAGGGCGCUGCGCGCCGCGCCGGUCAGGCCGCAUGCUUGUUUCCGUUUCCAUGGGCGUGUACUGCGCGCUGUCGGAGUGUAUACUGCACAGCUUUUCCGAGCCGGCGGUGCAGACGCGCGCGUUGCGUCUGAUCACUGAGUUGAUCACCAGCAGCCUUGUGCCACCGCGCAGGAGCGCAGCAGGAGCGUGCUGUGCAGGCCGCGAAAGAGAGGCGAAUACUUUCAUUGCGCGCCGCUGCAACAAUGGCACCGUCGACGUAGCCGCGUGCUUCCACGGGCACACUGCGAUUGGGGUCAUUAAGUCCUGCCUCAAAGUCGCAGCGUUGGGGAUGCAAGAAACUGCACGGCGCGAGGCUCUCCUGGCGCUGCGGGCGGCGGUGAAGCGCGUCGUGCAUACCUUUGUUACAAUGCGGACGUACAAUGAGGUAGUCGGCGGCACUGACGGCCGCGCUCAGGCACACUCGGCCUUCUCAACGGAUACCAUCCUCGCCGACUACACAACGGAUGUCGAUAACACCGAGCCCUACACCUGGAUCCAUGUCAUGCCAUCGAACAAGGCUGAGGUGUCGCUGCCGGCCUCACGGCGCACCGGUUUCUCACCGCUUGAGCCGGCCGCCACUGCAGCGGCGCCCCGCUCUGGCGGCGAACCCGGCGGCGACCUCGCCACGCAGCCGCCGCAGCACACAGAAGGGCCUUCGGAGCUUGUCAGCGCGCCGGUCGCAGCCACAUCGCCGCAGAUUGUGAAGCAUGCUCUGCACAGAGGUGACGCAAGCAGCAGCGCUAGUGAACAGGUCUCGAACGCGCCGGCCCCCUCACCAAAGCACCCGGUGCUCGGUGCGGCCCGCUGGUCGUCCGCGCAGCUCGAACACGAGGCGCCUCGCCGCAAUGAAGGCGGUUCACACGUGGCGCCGACUUUGCCGCGAUCACAGCCGUCUGCCACUGCAGCCGCCAGCGCCGCCGCGGCGACCCCGCUCCGCGUCAAUCCAUCGCCUUCCUCGCUGAACCUCUCCUUCGAUCCACAUACGUUCUUCCGCAACAGCGUCGAUGAGUCUCUCGUGCUGGGUGCAUUGUCGACGCUGAACACCUCUGACGGCGCCCUUCCAAGCCCUCUGAAGGACCUGCUGAUCGUGCUGCGCCGCAUGUGCCGGUAUGCAUCACGCCAGUGCAGCGGCAUGCCAACCCACGCGAACAGUGACGUGCGAAAGCGCGAUGUGGGGUUGUGGGCUCUCGAGUGUGUGCUGGACGGGCUUCCCGUGGCGAACUGCGAGCAGGAGCACCGCUGUGCCACGUGGUUGUCCCUUGUAUUGAACGCUUGCAAGUACGAGCUGCUGGGGUGCAUCGCCAAGAACCUGGCCAUUGCGACUCCGUUCAAGCUUUUCGAGCGAGCUGUGCACCUGCUGGGGAUGAUGCUGCGCAAGUUGCACUAUCACAUGGCACGCGAACUGCACACGUUGCUUGGUGCCUUUCUUCUCCCGCUGAUGGUCUCGCAGUACGCCGGGUUCCGUCAGAAGCACGCGGUGCUGUCCAUGAUACGGCAGCUCUUCACCGUGCCGCACCUGUGCGUUUCCUUCUUUGUAAACUACGACUGCAACCCUGCCUUCGACUCUGGCGCCGAGUACGGCGGCAUGUUGGAGCUGCUUGUGGAACACGUGGUGGAGAUGACCUUCCUCGAUCACGUUGACGGCAACGGCGACGCUUACCCGUGGCUCUCGUCCGAUCAGCAGCAACUGCUCCGCAGCGAGUGCGUGGUGGUCAUUCACACAAUGAUGACCUCACUGUACAGGUGGAUUGCCGAGGACCCGCGGGAGUAUGCAGCGAACCUGCAGCGUGAUCACCGUAAGGGCGCGCAACGGAGGCAGCAACAAGAGGGCGGCGCCACGAUCGGCGCAAACAAAUUGACUGAGCUGUGCCUAGAGAGCUGGGAAUCAGACGAGGUAGCCAACCCGAACCCUCCGCUCAAAGCUAGGCACUCUGCGACGGCGCCUGCGAGCCGCAAGGAGGACCACAAAGGGAGCAGCAACUCCGGCGAAAGCGAGGUCCACGGCUGCAACGUGGCACUGUCGCUCGACGCUGUCGCUGGGAUGCCCCUCCCUCAGUGGGGCAAGAACGGCAACAUCAACUACCAUUGGAAACAUAUCCACUACCUCCUGCAUAACAAGCGCAUUCUCCAGGAAGCCGUGCAGGGCAUUAACUCGGGCCACUGGAGGGAGGCAAAGGCGUUCCUGGAGAGCCGCGGCUUCAUGGCAGCAGUGGUGCCUAGUGAGACGGAGCGGGCUGACCCGGCAAGUGUCGCCCCUGGUACGUCGAGCUACGCCCUUUUUGCUCGAUUUCUCUUCGAGUACCCGGGCAUCUCGCGCGGAGCGCUCAGUUCGAUCUUCGAAAAGGUCAACCGAGAGGAUGGCGUUUCGCGCAUGCUGCUGCAGGAGUACCUUCACUGCUUCAACUACACAGACAUACCUAUUGAUGUGGCGAUGCGUGACACAACGUGCAAGUUCAUGUCCUGGGAUCGACCAAUGUUCGAGGCGAAGGUGUGGGAAACGAUUCAGAAGUGCUUCGGCAACGAGUAUGCGAGGCAGAACCCCGACUCCAUCACGGCCCGCGACGCCGACGUCAUGGCGGGCGUGCUGCUCUUUCUUCACUCGAAUUUGCACAACAGUUUGGUAAAGGGCAGCCGAAUGCAGGCUUCGCAGUUCGUGCGUGACGCGAACGCCUGCCUCGAGUUUCCCAUGAUGGAGGAGGACCUUCAAGCCAUGUUCAAUCGCGUUUUGAACUGCAAGUGGGAGCUGGACAUGUACGGUCGCACGCCGCAGCAGGCAGAGAAGGAGCGGACGCUGGUGCGACUGUCGACCAAGAUCCAGAUGGAGCGGGCAGCGCAGCAGAGGCGGCAGAGCGUCAGCAACAACAACAGCUUUAUCGUGAACUCUGACAAGAUGGCGGGGCCGGCCGGUCUGUCGGCUUCUGCCGCUGCUGCUGGUAGUGGUGCAGUUGCCACCGCGUCAGCGGCGGAGACUCACGCGACAACGUGCAAGGAGUACCUAAUACUUGACACCGAUCCGGCGGCUCUGGAGGAUGCGCUGCAAAGCGAGGACGAGAGCGACGGUAUCUCGGGCCACAGUCCCUCUCGUGCGCCCGGGACGGCAGCUGCGACGGCGACUCCAAAGUUGGAGACUGCACAGAACCCGAACGCGUCCAUGGACAGCAGCACGCUUCAGGUGUGGAUGAGCGACGAUAUGGGGCUGCUGGACAACAUGAUCCCCACCUACGCUGAUAGCAAGGACACCCUGAAGACAAAGGAGGAGCAGCACCACGCAUACCGCGAGGUGUCCGCCAUGUACCUGCACAAGCUCGAAUCGGUGCAUCGGUUGUACUGCGUCGAGGAGGAGGCGUAUCGCCCACAGCCGUACAUUAUGCCCUGCUACGCCGAACACGUGCGGCAAAUGCUUCUGCUCACGUACCCGCAUGUCAUGUCCAGCGUGUACAUGGGCUUCCGUGUUCUCGAGGAGGCACCGAUUGCGCGCAAGCUGCUGGAUACCGUGCAAAUCACGUACGACAUUGCCGCCGCGUUUGUGCUGAGCCUGCAUGACCUGCGUCCCGUGAUGGAGGAGGCGCUGCAACGGUAUCUGAAUGAUGAGCGGGCGUACCGGCUGCUGCCAUCGUCUCGCUCCACGUUUGUGUCGUUCUUACUGAACGUGAUGUAG